AUGCUCUCUGCUCUCCACUCAUUAUGGAACAUAUUUACACUUUGCUCCCUUCUGGUCACAUGGAUUAGCUUGUCGAAUGCAACUGCCGCACCGGCAGACACGUCCUACUGGAAGCCUCCUUACGCUCUCCGCGUAGUCUCUAACGAUGACAGAAUCAAUGGUCGCACGAUAGUCCCACGAACCGGAUCUACCGGCCUGACCACAAACGUCUACAUAGACACGAAUAGGAAGUUACACGAGGCCUACCACAUCUACCCUUCCGGUAACCCCUGGGCUACCACUUGGUCCUGGGAAAACCAUACCCAGCUCUAUGAAUUAGCAAUCCAUUCCGACCGUAACAGCACAGAGCUCGUUUUAUACUACGAUAAGAAGCCGCCAAAGGCGUCAGGAACCCCUUUGCUGCAGUUUACGAUCGAUAUUGGACCUGGAGUGACCCAUUAUUGGCCUGCGGGAACCACGGUUGUGUCGUGGACGAGUUGGCGGUUUGUGUGGGAUGAAGCGAAUGAGAGGGCAGUUUUGAGGAUGUUUGGUUGGGAUAAUGCAGAGCAGUGGAUCGCGUGGCAGAGGUCUGGAACCGAGAAUGAGUUUGAUGUUUAUCGAUGGAACGGUACACUGCCAAAGCAAAGUGAUGGAUGGGAUAAUUCCUUAUUCGAUAUCGUAGCGGACCAUGUGGAUAUCGAGCUGGAAGUCGUGCCGUUGUGGACGAUUUCGCCGUUCGAUUAG